AUGGGGGGGCGCCUGAAGUCAUGGGUUAGUCAUCGACUGCAUGAUGUUAUGGGAAUGAGUGACUCCACUGUUGCUGAAUAUCUCAUACUUAUAACAAACCGACUACCCAAUAAGAGUCAUGUGUUGGCAGAGCUCAAAGAAGAAAUUCCGAUAGAUAGUGCAGUAGAGAAAUUUGUUGGAGAACUUUGGGACAAAGUUAGAGGUGGUGGUGUUAAAGCUGAUACUUCUAAACAUGAGAGUCAGUCUGUAGCUGCAGCAAAGAAACGAAAGGUGGAAGAAAACUCUGAUUCAGAAGGGGAGGGACCGAAGCUACUGAAGACUUCCAAAGACCAAAAUUCUGAUGAUGAUGAAGAAAAACAGCGGCUGAAAGACCUGCGUGACAGAGAUGAAUAUACAGAAAGGCUACGGCAGCGAGAUGAAGAGCGAACAAAGAAUGUGGCUGAUAAAGGAGACAAAAAGGCCUUUGAAGAGGCUGCAAAGCGACUGCAGUUAGAAAAGGAAGAUCGUGAAAAAAUCCUUCCUAAACUGAGGGUGGAAUCCCGCCGAAAGUACCUUGUAAAGCGCAAGGAUGACAAGUUAAAAGAAUUAGAAGCAGAUAUUGUAGAUGAUGAGUAUCUUUUUGAAGAGGAAGCUCUUACAGAGAGGGAGAAAAAAGAAAGAGACUACAAAAAGACUGUCCUUCAAUUGGCUAAAGAUUAUGAUAAAGUAAGAGAAGCAGAAAAUGUUCAGAGGUAUGUAAUGCCUGAAGAAGGUGCAAGUGUCGAUGAUAAAUAUAUAGAAGUUGAUGAAAGGGAAAAGAAACGUGGCUAUGACCAGAAGAAAUGGGAGGAAGAUCAGAUGAGAGGAACAUCCCUUUCAUUUGGAGCAAGAGACAAGGCUAAAAAAUAUCAAGAGCAAGAGAAGGAAUAUAACCUUGUUUUGGAAGAUGAAAUUGAAUUCAUCAAAUCACUUCCCUUAGCAGGCACACGUAAAAAAAAGAAAAAGAAGAAGAAAGAUUCAGAUUCUGAGUCAAGUUCUUCAUCAGAGGAAGAAGAGGAAGAAGAUGAGCAACCAAAAUUAACUGCAACACAGAAGAAGCUUUCAAUAGAUGAAGUAAGAAGGAGUUUACCUGUGUUUCCUUUCAGAGAAGCUUUGUUAAAUGCCAUCAAUGAACAUCAGAUCAUGAUCAUUGAAGGGGAGACUGGAUCUGGUAAAACAACACAAAUCCCACAAUAUCUGUAUGAUGCUGGAUAUUGUAGUGAUGGCAAGAAAAUUGGCUGUACUCAGCCAAGAAGAGUUGCUGCAAUGAGCGUAGCUGCCCGAGUUUCUGAGGAAAUGGGCAAAAAACUUGGAAAUGAAGUAGGAUACAGUAUUCGAUUUGAAGACUGCACCAAUGAUCGUACAAGAAUAAAGUACAUGACAGAUGGUAUGUUACUAAGAGAAUUUCUAAUGGAUCCUAGUUUAGAUGGUUACAGUGUUAUGAUUAUUGAUGAGGCCCAUGAAAGAACCCUGCAUACAGAUAUUCUUUUUGGUUUACUGAAGGACAUUACAAGAUUUCGUAGUGACCUAAAGUUACUUAUCUCUAGUGCUACUUUGGACUCCGCAAAAUUUUCAGAUUUUUUUGAUGAAGCUCCUAUUUUCCGAAUACCAGGCAGGCGAUACCCAGUCCAUAUUUACUACACUAGAAGCCCAGAAGCUAACUAUAUUGAUGCUGCAUCGGUCACAAUCUUGCAAAUCCAUAUCACUCAGCAUCUCGGAGAUAUUUUAGUGUUUCUCACAGGUCAGGAAGAGAUCGAGGCGUGUCAAGAAAUUUUGACUGAAAGACUCAGAGCUCUUGGAAGUAAAAUUCGUGAGCUAAUAAUAUUGCCAAUAUAUGCCAAUUUACCUUCUGAAAUGCAAGCGAAGAUCUUUGAGCCAACUCCUCCUGGGGCAAGAAAGGUUAUUCUUGCAACAAAUAUUGCUGAAACAUCUCUCACCAUUGAUGGUAUAAAGUACGUUAUAGAUCCUGGAUAUGCGAAGCAGAAUUAUUUUAAUGCAAGAAGUGGCAUGGAGUCACUAAUAGUUGUUCCAAUAUCUAGAGCCUCAGCUAAUCAGAGAGCUGGCAGAGCAGGUCGAGUUGGUCCUGGUAAGUGCUUUAGACUUUAUACUCAGUGGGCAUUUGAGAAUGAAAUGGAUGAAAACACAAUCCCAGAAAUUCAGCGGGUUAACCUCGGUAAUGUUGUGCUUCAACUUAAAUCCCUUGGUAUUCAUGACCUUAUUAACUUUGAUUACUUGGACCCACCACCGGCUGAAGCUCUGAUCCUUGCUCUUGAACAACUGUAUGCUUUGAAAGCUUUGAAUCACAAGGGUGAACUGACCUCUACUGGUAGAAAGAUGGCUGAACUCCCAGUGGAUCCAAUGAUGUCUCGUAUGAUAUUAGCUGCUGACCAGUAUAAAGUCGUUGAGGAAAUCCUCACAAUUGCUGCAAUGUUGUCUGUAAAUGGAUCUAUAUUUUAUAGGCCUAAAGAUAAGGCAAUUCAUGCCGAUACUGCACGCAAAAAUUUCUUUCAUCCAGAUGGCGAUCACUUAACUUUAAUGAAUGUUUAUAAUGAGUGGGUAGGAACAGACUAUUCCUCACAGUGGUGCUAUGAGGUCUUUAUUCAAUAUCGAUCUAUGAAAAGGGCAAGAGAUAUUAGAGAUCAGCUUGUUGGACUCAUGGACCGUGUAGAAGUGCAGGUUACCUCCAAUCCUGGUGACUCUGUUAACAUUCGAAAAGCCAUUACUGCAGGCUAUUUCUACCAUGUGGCAAGGUUUAGCAAAGGUGGCAUGUACAAAACUGCAAAAAAGAGUAAAACUGUGAUGAUUCACCCCCAGUCAUGUAUGAUAGAAGAUCUUCCUAGGUGGGUUGUAUACCAUGAGUUAGUUAUGACUACUAAAGAAUAUAUGAGAAAUGUAGUUGUCAUUGAUGGCAAAUGGCUUUUAGAAGUUGCUCCUCAUUAUUAUCGUGAUAAUGAGGUACAUGAUGCAACUAGUAAGAAGAUGCCAAAAGUUAAAGGCAAAGCAAAAGAAGAGUUGCAGAAGGAAUAUAAUAAAUUAUAGUACAAAGUCUGUUACUAAGAAAAUGUAGACCAAAAGGCAUUCUGCUUUCUAUAUUGCCAUGAAGACUUGGAGAAGUAAACCUUGCAAUUCUGAAGGUGCAAAAAAUUGGAGUAGAUGUUGAUCAUAACGUUCAAGAUACUAAGAUAUAUUCAUAAUGUGGAUUAUUUAGAAGGGAUGGGACCAGGAGCAGGAAGCUAAAAAAAAAAAACGACAAGAAAAGUGAGGUAAAGAAAUGUAAGGAGAAAGUUAUCCAGUAUGAGG